ACCAAAAUGGCGCCCUAUUAGCAUCAUGCUACGUUGGGGUUGUGAUUUAUUUUUGUUUGUAACUGAAAUUUUAUUAACUAAUUAACUUCAUUUAUAAAUUAAAAAAGUGAUCCGUAACUAGCCUAAAGUAAGUAGAAUUUAAAAUAAAAAGUGUGUUUUGUUACAAUAUAUAUUGUUCGCAAUGGAGAAUGAACAAGACAACAAACGUAGAAGGAACAAAAACAGAGAAGAAAAUGACGAAUAUCGUAAGGAAAGAAGCUCAAAACGAGCUCGGACGAGGUCUCGCUCGCCUCCAACUAGCCGGGAUAAGAAGUCUAGUCGUAAGCGCAGGCGAUCUCGGUCUAAAUCACAAGAGCCGUCAAUCAAGCAAGAAAAAUCUGGUAACGAUGCUCAAAAAGGGAAUGAAAACCAAAGUGAUGCACCCGUUCGAAAGGCAAAGGAGACAGAUAUGCUUAACACCCGAACUGGUGGUGCUUAUAUACCUCCAGCACGGCUGCGUAUGAUGCAAGCCCAGAUCACUGACAAGUCGUCCGUAGCAUAUCAACGAUUAGCCUGGGAGGCGCUCAAGAAGUCCAUACACGGCCACAUUAACAAAAUCAACGUCGGCAACAUUGGCAUUAUAAUAAAAGAGUUGUUGAAAGAAAAUAUAGUGCGCGGUAGAGGUCUGCUUUGUCGAUCUGUAAUACAAGCCCAAGCCGCUUCACCAACAUUCACUAAUGUAUACGCUGCCCUAGUGGCUGCAGUUAACUCGCGUUUCCCGAAUAUUGGAGAGUUGUUGCUGAAAAGGUUGGUUAUUCAGUUCAAAAGAGGUUUCAAACGUAAUGACAAACCUACCUGUAUUUCUUCUGCAUCAUUCAUAGCUCACCUCGUUAAUCAGAGGGUGGCACAUGAAAUCCUCGCUUUAGAGCUACUUACUUUGCUUGUUGAGACACCUACCGAUGAUUCGGUUGAGGUAGCGAUAGCAUUCUUGAAAGAAUGCGGUCAAAAAUUAACAGAAGUAUCAUCAAAGGGGGUGAAUGCCAUUUUUGAGAUGUUGAGAAAUAUUCUCCAUGAAGGCCAGUUAGAUAAAAGAGUUCAGUAUAUGAUAGAGGUGAUGUUCCAAGUAUGGAAGGAUGGGUUUAAAGAUCACCCAGCUCUGAUUGAAGAAUUGGAGUUGGUCCCUGAAGAGGAACAGUUCACUCAUCUCUUGAUGUUGGAUGACGCAACUGAUCCACAGGAUAUUCUGAAUGUCUUCAAAUUCGAUGACAAGUAUGAGGAAAAUGAACAGAAAUACAAAACACUGAGCAAGGAGAUCCUGGGAUCUGACGCAGAGUCAGGAGAAGAGGACGGCUCCGAAGGCAGUGGCAGUGAAGAGUCGGAUGACGAAGAGGCCGAGGGUGAACAUAAACCUGUCACCAUCAUAGACAACACGGAGACAAACCUCAUUGCUUUGAGACGCACAAUCUAUUUGACUAUUAACUCCAGUUUAGACUUUGAAGAGUGUGCGCACAAGUUGAUGAAAAUGGAACUAAAACCGGGACAAGAAGUAGAACUAUGCCACAUGUUCCUCGACUGCUGUGCUGAGCAAAGAACUUAUGAGAAAUUCUAUGGACUGCUAGCUCAAAGAUUCUGUAACAUAAACAGGAUAUACAUCGGACCGUUUGAGGAAAUUUUCAAAGAUUCAUACUCGACAGCUCACAGAUUAGAUACAAACCGUUUGAGGAAUGUCAGCAAGUUCUUUGCUCAUCUUCUGUUCACCGAUUCCAUCAGCUGGGAGGUUCUGGAAUGCGUCAAACUGAAUGAGGAAGACACGACAAGUUCCAGUCGGAUAUACAUCAAGAUUUUGUUCCAAGAGUUAGCGGAAUAUAUGGGACUCAAGAAGUUGAAUGAUCGUCUGCAAGAUCCGACUUUGCAGAGUGCAUUUUCAGGAAUAUUCCCGAGGGAUAACCCGAAGAAUACAAGGUUCUCCAUAAACUUCUUCACAUCAAUAGGUCUUGGAGGGCUCACAGACGAAUUGAGAGAGCACUUGAAACAAAUGCCAAAGAAUGUUCCGGCUCCCAUAACGGAGAUCAACUUGGGCAGUGACUCAUCCAGCUCGAGCUCUAGCAGCAGCUCGGAUACAUCCAGUGACUCCAGUUCUAGUGAUUCUGAAGAAGACUCAAGUAAGAAGAAAAAGAAGAAGUCUGAUAAGAAAAAGAAAAAUCAGUCACCAAAAACGCCAGCAGCAGAAGUAGCUGACAAAAAUGCGGAAAGAUGGGGACACGACGGGUUCUACGACACGUACGGCAAAGAUGCUAGAAGGACGGAAAGCAGACCUGAGAGAAGGGAAAGAGAUGACGAUAAUUUUGUCAGACCACGAGAUGUGUCCAAUAGAAAUGAUAGAGAUAGGUUUAGAGAAAGAAACGGGGAUGACAACAGGAGAAGGACAGAUGGUAGAGCUCGGGCUGACGAUUUUUGGGGCAAAGACCGUGAAGAGAGAAAUGAACGACAGAAUAGAGAAGAUAGUUCUAGAAACAGAAGUAACAAUGAAGAUAGGUACAGAGAACUAAAUCGGGAAGAAAAUGACGAUUCGAAGUCUAGUAGGAACAGGGAUAGAGAAGAUAGAAAUAGGAGGCACGAGGAACCUAGAAGGAGAAAUCGUGAUGAGAGCGACACUGGCUAUGGAGACAGUGAAAGUGACAGGGGAACAAGGCCGCGAAAGGAUAACGACAGUGGACGAGACACAGAUGAUCACAGAAGUAAUCGCGAAUCGAGAGAUAACAGACGUGACAAAGACAGAAGACAAACAGAAAGAGACGACUCUGAUAAAAGCAGAUCAAAAGCAGAACGUUAUUACGACAAAGGUAGUAGAGGAGAAGAUGAUAACAGACGAAGGAAGGGUAAAGAAGAUAGAAGAAAUGACGAGAGUGACAGCGACAAUGAGGAAUAUAAUGGCCGUGAUAGAGAAAGUAGGAAGAAGAAGGAACGAGACGAUAGGAGAAGAAAAAAUAAGGACUCUGAUGAUGAUUCUAGAAGGAAAGAUGAUCGUGAGGGUAAAAGAAGAGAGAAACUCAAGGAUGAUGACGACUACAGAAAACCGGACAAGGAUGAAGAUUUGAAGGGUAGUAAAGAAAAUAAGAAGAGAAAAGAUGAAAAGAAGAAAAAAGAUAAAAGCGACGUUUUCGAUGUUGAUACUAGAAGAAAAAUAGACAAAAAGAUGAGAAGAGACAAGGUAUCGUGUUCUGAACGAGCAGACAGCAGUGAAGACAGCGAGCAGAGUCCACGAAAGGAAAACAUAGGUCGUUAUUGGGAUAUAGAGCCGUUGCGAGGAUAAACGUAAUCAGUUGUGUAAUUUGUACAUAAUAUUUGCUCUAUAUAAUUCCUCUUACUGAUGAUAAGUUGUAAUAAAU